UCUCCCUCUCUCCCCUACACUCUCUCAAUAAAUAAGCAUAAAAAGGUACUCUUGAGUCUCACAUGGAAGGAAAAAAAAGGCACACACAUUUCAACCCUCUCCAUAUUAGUUCAUUAGAUUGAAGGUGUCAAAACAAACCACGAAAAAUCUCCAUCUACUGAAACCUCUCCCUUGAGUUCUUCCUCAUUCCACUGCUCCAUGCUUCGUCUUCUUACCCUUCUCCCUCCUCCUCCUCCUCCACCAUGGCCUUGAAAGUAUCUCAAAUGGUUAUUUUCAUUCUUCUUUGGCUCUCUCUCCUCUUGCUAUUGUUUCAUGAAUUCCACAAUCUCAAGUCCAAGAUCAAUAACAAACAAAUCCCCACCACCACCACCACCACCAUAAGCUAUUCACCGCUCUCUCGCCACCCUUUGAUCAGCAGAAAAGUUCUAGCCAGCAAAUUUGACUUCACCCCAUUUGUAAAACACCACCAACCACACACCGGUACCCACCACCGGAAACCUUCACCAAACGCGCAUGUGCAGCCCGAGCCGGCUGAAAGCGAGAUUGAUCCGCGUUAUGGUGUUGAAAAGCGCCGUGUUCCCACUGGUCCAAACCCGUUGCACCAUUGAUGGUCAUGAUAUCAAUCUCAGGUGAAUACACAGGAGAGAAAAAGAAAUGGCUAGUGGAAACUUUCAUUGCUUGUAUUCUGAAUUUACAUCUUUUUCUAGUUUAUAUAUAUGGAUCGUGGUGUAUGAUAUAUUUGAGAGUAUGAUGGAGCUGCUUGUACAUGUAUUAAUUAAGGUUAUUGUCAUCAUAAAAGGGAGAGAAUACUACACAAUUUUGGGUUGCUAGCGCAUGAUUACCAUGAUGAUGCUUAAUUCAUGAUUAUGAUUUUUUCGGUCAUUUUUUUUAUGUUUGGUUUCAAAGAAACAUGAGUAGCUGUGACGGCACGGCACAUUGCGGGGAGAAGAUUUUCAGCUGCACCAUAAUAAUGGUAUUUAUUGAUGAGGUUGGUUAGUGUAAAAGCUUUGCUUUCUUUAUAUAUAUAUAUAUAUAUGAGAGCAGUGUUCAAAACACGUGACGGGUUUGGUGGCACGUGAGACCCUCUUUGGUUGCACCGACCAUAUUAUAACAAGAACGUCCUUUGCUAUUCAAUUGCUGUAUGUGGGAUUCUUUUUCCAAAGAAAUUAAACAGCAUAAGGCCAGGAAGCAGUCUACAUGAUCAUCACCUCUAAGUGUGACCUCUCUCUA